AUGGCUACCGUCCCACAGAGCUCUACAUCUAAGAAGCGCCGCUUCCAACCUCCGAUAACCAACUUUUUCGUGCCCGCCAGCACUGACGAGACCCCCGGCGUGUCAUACAACAGCUACGCAGCACCAACUCAUACACCCACCCCGACGCUUCCAAACGAUAUUCUGUCCUCUCUACUUGGAGUAGGGGCGCGUGUUCGCAAAUCGGUUCCCGAGGGUUACAAAACGGAGCAAAAGAAAAUGACACAGUAUACAAUCCCGGCGCCUCGUCGAGAACCAACAGAAAGCUCUGCGCCUUUGCAACAAACCCGGGUCUAUGCUGGACUAGAGCCUUUCUGCGGUCUGCACAAGGUCGGCAAUUAUGCUGUCCAGACCUUUCCUCGACCUAUUGAAGACUAUCAAACUGCCCGCCCACUAAAUGUGAGUACUGUUUCACGAUCAACAUCCACAUUCGAUAUGAGGUCUCAACGAACCAUUCUGUCACCAAGGCUCGGACAACAGCGCCGACAGAGAACAGCGCCAGUUAACUCCUGGAAAGGAAACCUCGAGCAAGAAAACACAGACCCGCUCGCCACCUUGCCAACUCAUCAAAUGGACUUUGAUGACUUUGGCGAAGCGGCUUUCUUGCGACGCAGAGAAGAAGUUGACGUAGACUUGACGUGGGCUAACUCGGAUGUUGAGAUGGACGUUGCGUGA